CAAACAUUAGUUCUCGAUCAACCCACUGAGUUCUCUACUGCUUGAAAGUUACUUUGGAUGACAUAUAUGAGAAAAAUCCUACAGAGAAUUUGUUAAGGUUUGCCCUAAAAAGAAGAAGAAGAAGGUUAGAGAGGAUUUAUCAAUACCAUGGCUGAAGCAACAAGCAGCACCUCUUCUGCAUCUGGAGAUCAGUGGGCAGAAUUCUGGGGAACUCGUAUGAAUGAUCCUCAUAUUCGUCAACUCAAGCUCCCAGAUGGUGAUAUUCCUAAUUGCUUUCGUAAUCGUAAUAUUCAAAAACAGUGGGACGGUUUAAGACUGCAGCUCCCAAGUGACAUCCUGGAUCUCUUAAACAAGACUGUAGGGUGGGAUACUCCUGGAGAUGUGAAAUCGGCUCGUGAAAUGUACACACGUGUUCGAGAUGGACUGGAAGAUCCCAGUUUCAAUAUUGAAGAAGAAUUAGAAAAGCUCAAGGGUUUAUCGUCUGCUCUGGGAAGUAAGUGUGAUAUUUUCGUGGAAAAGUGUGGACAAUCCAAUAGGGAAUAUAGAGAUUAUUGUCAGACUCGUGUUGAGAAACUUGUUGAGCAGGCACCCCACAUUAAGGAUAUGCCUGGAUAUGAGCAUGAAAUCACUUGGGAUGAGAAGCUUUGGAUUGAACUAGCUCUACGUAAAAAGGCGCAAAAGGUCAAACAGGUUAAGGAUUGCGCCAUAUAUUUAGAGGAUUUUCGUGAAGAAGUGAGGCCAAUGGCUGAAAAAGUUGGAGAAGUGAAAGGGCAGUUGGGAAAUGCUCGUAGAUUAUUGAAGGGGGUGAAUGAAUUUAUACUAAUCCUAGAAAAAACUAAGCAAUGUGAAUUUACUGUGGACAAAGACAAGAAGAGAAAAAGAUAUACACAAGGAAGCCAAGGUUAUGCAAGUCGGGAGGUGGACAGGAAGGAGGUUGAGAAAAGGAGACAUGCAAAAGAAGGUUAUGCAAGUCGGGAGGUGGACAGGAAGCAGGUUGAGGAAAGGAAGGAGGUGGACAGAAAGGAGGUUGAGGAAAGUCUUCUCGAAGUGCUCAAGAAAGCGAGUGGAAAGUCAUUGGAGAACAAGGCAGCAGACACGGAGUUUAUGAAGAAGUGGGAUCUUAUUAUGAACGAUUUCUUUCUUUUUUCGGAUUAUUUGAGGUCGUAAACUGGUUAAGGAAGUUCAGGCAAUGGAGGAAUCAGGCAAUUAUUCAUGAAGCAAUAGGAAUUCUGAAGACCAGUUCCAGUUUUUUGGGUUUCUUAUUUAAGCAUAGGAAAGGUAGUCAAGUAGCAGAUACAUUGUCAGAGGAGGCAAGAAAACAGGGUAUACACAAGCAGCAAUCUUUUCUUUACUUUUUCUUUUUUGAUAGACAGUCUCUACCUUCAGAUGUUGUUUAUUUUUGAAACUCCAAGGAGCAGUUUUUGUUGGGGGAUUCCCAUAUUUCAGGCCCUGUAACUGAAAUAAGGACAACCAACAGAGGUGCUACCACUGUGUAAUUUUCCUUUUUGUUCUAUAAGAUGUUUAAUUUUCAAAA